AUGUUCAGCGCAGCAAACCUCACCAGACUCACACGGGCCUCCAUGGCCAGCUCCGCCAGAGGCGGGAUCAUCAGACCUAGCCUGCACAUGAGAAACAUCAUCACGGUCAGAGCCACGCCUGUGGAGGAGGAGUCGAUCCUCGUGGCCCAGAGAAAGAACAGACCGGUUUCGCCUCACUUGGAGAUCUACGAAAAGCAAUUGACGGCCGUGCUGUCUGCGCUCCACAGAAUCACCGGGGUCGGCUUGGCGGCCGGCUUCCUGGUGGUGACCAGCUCCUACGCGGUCGGGCUGGUCGACACGGCAUCGCUGGUGACCUUCUUUGCGGGCCUCCCUGUCGCCGCCAAGGUGGCCUUCAAGGCCGUCGCCGGCGUCCCCUUCGCCUUCCACGCGUGGAACGGUGUCAGACACAUGGUGUGGGACUCGGGCCACGAGGCCAACAUCAAGGGCGUCUACAAGACCGGCUACGCCGUCUUGGGCUUGACCGCCGUCUCCGCCUUGGCCUUGCUGUUUGCAUGA